AUGAGCCAUACUAUCCCUAAUCUGUACAGCACCGAAUACUACGCCGUCACGUUCUCCGACGGCAAGGUGUACGACCCUCGGCUGGACUAUGGCCGGCUCGCCCCCGGCUAUUUUGAGCCCACCGGCCGCAAGCCCGAGCCGCACAACAAGAACCCCCUGCCCUAUGCGGUUGACUACAGGGCUGAGGGUCCCGCCAUGACUGGCUAUUCCUACUAA